CUGCGCGACUGCGUGCUUGCGGGCGGUGCGCAGCUGCGGAUUGGCGGCCUCGGCGAGAACACGGCGCGCCUGAUGCCCCACGCCCUCGUCAACAUGACGAAUGUGACGUCGCUGGAGGGCACGAUCGUGCUGCAUGGCGCGAUGCCGCUGAACUCGAGUGUGCUGCUGGCGAACUCAACGCUGCGCGCGACGGUUGGCGGGUCGCAGUACGUGCCGAUAACUCCUGGAUACGAGGGAUUGAGGUGUGGCCCCGCGCUUGUUCUGGACGGCGUCCGGCUUCUGUCGACGCGGUUUGUCAUGACGCGGUCGACGCUGUUGUGCGGCGGGGAAUCGUGCGCUGCGAUCCUCGUGGAGCGCGGCCUCGGCGUGAACCUGUCUAGCGUCUUCUACAUGGACAACUGCGCCGUCAAUUCGCGGACGCACGUGAUGUAUGCCCUUGCGUCGGACCUGCGUGUUGGCGGCGGCUCCGUGUUCUCCAUACGGAACAGCUCGUGGAUUGCUCCGAGCACCGAGUUCUACAAAGGCGCGUGUGUGUUUGGGGAUGUUGUGGUGGCUGGCGGCAGCGUACUGCAGGUUGUGUCCAGUAAUUUCCGUCUUGGCUUUGCCAUGCUCAUGGCAACCACCCUGGCCGUGACUGACGGCAGCUGGCUGGUGCACCGCAACAACGAGUUUCGCACCGCCUACGUUGCGUACGUUGACAAGGAAAACGGCGUGACUUUCCGCGAUCGGAGUGUGUGGUCGAUACUUGACAACAAACUCACGUACGGCUCUUACUCGUCGACCAUCGCACGCGUGAUAAACAACUGGUCACCGCAAUCCGACUCGCGCCCGAUCAUCUACGGCAUGUGCAACGAGGCAAUGGGCUCACCUGUGACGGAUUACCGAGAAAACCUCAAUAUUGGGACGCCCGUGACGGUGUUGGACUGUGGUGCGUGUACCAUGGGCGCCGUGUGCUUCGCAGCGAGGACGAGCAGUAUCAGUGGCUGUGAGUGUGUGUGCGCUGCUGGCGGCUACGGUGACACGUGUCUGCCAGCAGCGGUUCCGGACGGCCUUGGGCCGCUCCCGCUCCCUGACGCGAAGGACACGGAGGUCCGCUGCGUGCACGGUGGCAGCAUCAGCUCCGUGGACGUUCCUGAUCCCGGUGUGCGUGGUCUGUGCUUUGUCAACGUGACCUUCACUGCCGCGAUCGUGCUGGACCUGUAUAACUUUAACGCACCACAACAGACACUCAACAUCACGCUGCUGCAGUGCAUCCUCAUGGGCCUGUCGAUCAAGGUGAGUGAUGCACGCGUGCGCGUGAACGUGACAUCCUCGAUGCUGGAUUCUGGUGAGUUGGUGUUUCAGGGUGAUUUUGGCGCGAGCUCCCAGAUACUGGUGGCGGGCAGUACGCUUGUGACGACGUCGGGCCAUGCCAUUUUAUUUGUGGAGUUUACUCUCAGUGCUAAUAUGACGCUGCUGCUACUUGACAACUACAUCGAAGGGAAUAUUCACGCAGUCUAUUUCACCAAUGCUGUUGUUGUUGAUGGUGGCGAGAUCAUUGUGAGGGGAAAUACGCUGAGGACAAUAGAGAAGGAUGCUUACAGCUCGCGGUCUGCCCUUUACUUUCACUCCGUGGAUUUGAAGAACGGCGGCCACUUUGACGUGGAGAACAACACGAUGAACGCGGCCAAGGGCGUUUAUUUUUUUGGGGAUACAGUUGUGAGCUCCGCGGGGCUGCUGCGAGUGGCGGACUGCACGUUUGUUGGCGAUACGGAGUUUUUUGAUCCCACGCUGGUGUAUUUUUACGGCUCGGUGACACUUCGUGGUGGUGCGCAGUGGCGUGUGACUGGCAACGACGUAAGUGCCGCCUCAAUAAUAAGUAUAUCGCGUCACCAGCACAAAAUUCAGCUGUCAGAAAGCGGCACCGCCGUGGCGCUUGCAAACAACCGUCAGGUGGGCUCAAGGGGUUUCUUCAAUUUUUUUCCGUCGAGCAUUAUCGUGACGUCACCCGCGCGGUUGGUCGUUGGGUGCAACCUGCAGGGCGAUGAGGAGGUGUUGUACGACGGUGUGUUUCCGGAGGACGUGUUGUUUGGGUGCGGCACAUGCAACGACGACGCGGCGUGCUACAUGCCCGGGACGGAGUCGGUGGACCGCAGCUCGUGCUCGUGCAGCUGUAAGGACGGAUGGCAUGGCGUGUCGUGUCUUCCCUUCGAGGUGCCCGACACGGUUGUGCCGCCCUUGCCGGAGAGAGCCGUUGACGGCGACACGAGCUGCGUGGUGAACAAGACGCUGACGAGCCUCACGCUGAACAUGUGGAAGUCGCACCACUGCUACGUGAGUGUGACAUUCAGCGGCGUGGGUGCUGUGCUGACGUUCUUACUCGACAGUAUGCCGCUGCAUCUCCCCAUCAACAUCACGCUCACUGGAUGCACGUUCCUUGACGGUGCCGCGCUGCAGUUUGUUGGGGGUGCUGCGGCGGCCGAGUCAUCCGGCGUCCUGAUCCGCGUGAGCCAGACGGUGAUGCGGUCCUCUGUUGUUGCUUUUGCACUUGCCCUCCCGCAGCACUGCGACAUCGCCGUCACGGAGGUUGACGCGGUGCAGGCCUUUGAGGUCCGGUUGCCGGACGCUAGGAUUACCACAUUGAGCGUCGUGAUGUUGCGGAAAAUUGUUUUGGCUGCGUCUUCGCUGUUGGUCAGCAACGUCAAGUCGCGUGCAUUGGAUCAUCGCGGGUUUGGUUUGCACUCUACCGGGACGCUGAAGCUGGUGGGUGGCAGCUCGCUCUACGUGCGGUACUGCAGCUUCGAUAAAUACUCGCACAUGUUUUACAUACACAGGCUGAGUGUGAGUGACCACUCUGUUUUUGCGCUGCUCAACAAUACGAUGUCCUCCGGGACGAGCUUCUUGUAUCAGCACUACGGAUUCAGCGUGUCGGAUCACAGCGUGUUGCGCGUGGUGGGGAACAGCGGCUCUGUGUGCUACGUCAUCUGUAAUGAAGAAUUGUGGAAUGUUCGGGAGUCAAGCUGGUUAGAUUGGCGCGACAACGACGUGGAAGUGGGUGCGAUGUUUUACGACACUGAGUCCGCUUUUGUGAUUAUCGACGGCAGCAGUGUGGUGACGCUGACGGGCUGCAAGAUGGGCUCGACGGGGUUGUCGGUCUCGCUGCUAUCGCAGGCUGACGCCGGCUACCGGUUCUUUGUUGGGUGUCUGACGGUUGCGGGACGGGAGGUGACGACGGCGGCUGAGCUGGAGCUCCACGGCAUCACCAACGUGACGACGGUUGCCGCAUGCGGGGAGUGCACGAAGGAUGGCGUCUGCUUUGCUCCGCUGACGACGGAGGUCAGUGACUGCAAGUGCCAGUGCGCUGCUGGAGGGCACGGCGAUGUGUGCGUCCCGGCGCCUGUGCCUGCUGGCCCGCCACCGCCACUGCCGCCGCCACCGCCGCCGCCGCCGCCGCCAUCGCCGCCGGUGGGUGAGUGCAUCAGCGACAUGGUGUACCCCGAGGUGGCGCAGGCUGUGGGCGGUGGGCUGUCGUGGUUGUGCUACCGCAACGUGACGUUCAGCGGGGGCGGCAUGAGCCUGACGGUGCUGAUUGGGGCGAUGACGGGCGACGUGGCGAAUGUCACGUUCGAUGGAUGCACGUGGAGGGAUGGCGCCGUGCUCUUGCUUUUGGGCAACGCGUACGCCGCUGUGGGGUCGCUGAACAUCGUCGUCACCGGCAACACGUUCCGUGACGCGCUGCUCAGCCCGGAGGGUGUGUUUCCACCGCACACGAACAUCGCAAUCAGCGGGAAUCGCUUCACGGUCACGAGGCUGGUCCCUCGGUCGGGUUUGGGCCUUAGAAGGCCGUCGUGUGUUGCGAUGAAUGAGCUGGUGAUCAGCAACGACUCCGCGGUGGUGCUGAGUGGCAAUGUGUUUCACGCCGUGGCGGCAUCUUCAAACGCCAUUCACGUUGUUGAAUAUGCGCUGAGGGUGUCGUGGCACUCCGUGUUUGCUGUGAUGGGCAACGCGUUUCAUAUGGCUGGCGGUAACAGUACGCUGAUAUAUCUUGAAGGGACUAGCCAAUCUUCGUCACUGAGUGUACUGAACAAUUCUGCCGUGGUGAUCCGAGGCAAUCUUGUUUCGAGGCCGGUGGAGUACUUCAUGUUUUUUCUGUGGGCAUUACGUGUGGAGUUUCUGUCAGCGGUCGUUUUUCGAGGCAACGACAUGCAGGGAAACUUGGCUGUGUUUUACUCAAGAUCCAGUUUCCCUAUCUACUACAACUCUUGGUUGCAGUUGAGCGGCAACCUCUGCCGUGAAUCCCCAUCGGAAGCCUUUGUAUACAUACACUACACGGUGAAUCUCCGUGACUCCACGGUGUCUGUGUCCGGCAACCGAUUCAUGUCCGGCACGGGCACGCCGACAGUUUUGCGGAUAUCCACCGGGCCCCGCGAUAUCACAAACGGAGCGAUUGUGGCCGCGUGCAACACUGUGAACGGCGGGAAGGAAGCGAAGUACAGCAUCCCGUCCUUAUACAAUGCCACCAUUCUGACCUGCAGCGACCCAUGCUCUCUUGCGACGUCGUGCUUCCCCGCGUACACGACGACGGUCUCGAGUGAUGGCUGCGCCUGCACGUGCGCGGAGGGCGGCCACGGCGAUGCGUGCCUGCCCGUUGCUGUCCCCGAGCCACCGAGCACCGACGGCGCCGACUUGUGCGUGCGGGACGUGCGUGUGGAUGUGGAGGUGAGCGCCGGUUUCGGGACGUCGGUGGCGUGCUACGUUGGUGUGACCUUUGCGGCGGACGUCGUGGUGGACGUGGAGUCGAUGUCAGGAAGUGUGCGCAACGUGACGCUGGCGAACUGCACUUUUGUGAGCGGAGCGAGCCUGUACGUUUUGGGGUGGCAGUCCGACCCGCCUGCUGGCCAGCGCGCCGAUGUGUUGAUCAGCGGACUUGAGUCGCGCUCCGGCGGUGGCGUGGUGGUGGCGAACCGAUUUCCGCCGGGCUCGCGCGUCACCGUGGUGGACUCGGUGCUUAUCGCAGAGGCGCGUGUUGUGUACCGCAACGCCUACGGCCUUGGCGACGUCUCCGCGUGCCUCGUGGUGCACAAGGUGAAUCUGACGGGGAGCGUGCUGACCAUCGCGCGCACGCAGGCGGUGGCGGUGUUCCGCGACGCUGUUGGUGUGCUGGUUUUUGGCGGCGUGGCGCUGUCGUCGCGCGGAGCGCUGUACGUGGACGGGCUGUCGGUGCAGACGGCGCUGGGAUUGUGCGUGUCGGCGGAGGGCGGUGUUGCGGCCAGUGGCGGCUCCGUGGUGGCGUUUGUUGACAGCGACUUCCUGCUGUGCAAGCAUGCGGUGUCUGUGCGUGGGGCUGUGAGCGUGUCGGGCUCCGUUGUGGCGCUUGUGCGGAGCGAGUUUUUGUCGACGGAGGAAUACGCGGUGGCGUUUUAUUCGACGGUGAGUCUGGCCGGCGGGUCGAUGCUGCUGGUGAAGGGCAACGUGCACGACGGCGUCUCGAGGGAGAUGCUCCACGCCGCUGGCGCCGUGACCGCUGUUGGGAGCACGCUGAGCUUCGUGCACAACCGAGCGCUGCUGCCGCGGAUGCUGUCGGUGAGCCUGUCGCUUGCGGCUGGGGCGCAUUUGAGGGUUGCGUGCAACGACGCUGGUAGACGUGUUCUGUCGACGGCGGAGGAGUACGCUGCGGCUGGUUUUGGCGACGCUGGGAGCAUCGACGUUGUUGGGUGCGACGCCUGCGACAGGGACACGCACUGCUACGCGCCCGGGACGGCGUCCGCGAGCAUGAGGAACGGUGUGUGCGUUUGCCUGUGCGGCAGCGGCGGGUACGGCGAGGCGUGCUUGCCUGUGGGAGCUCCCGCACUGCCGCCCGCUGUGGGCACCGCGUCGAGUGUGUUCGUCCGCGAGGGCGUGACGGUGCGGUCGGUGUUCGUUGUGCCUGCCGGUGCGAGCGAGGUGACGCUGCGCCACGUUGUGCUGGACGGCGUGAGUCCGGUGCUCUACGUGCCGUGGAUGGCGCGGGACGGCGUGCGGAUCGUUGUGCAGAACGUGUCGCUGCUGAACGGUGCCGUGCUGUACGUGAUGGGCGGUGGAGCGUUGCGCGGUGCAGGUGCGGCGGGGAGCGACGAGAGCGGGCCGGUGGAGCUGUCCGUGUGCGAUGUGGAGGCGCUGAACGGUGCGCUUGUGCUGACCGGCACGUUUCCCGCGGGGUCCGUGCUGACGGUGACGGACUCCCUGCUGGUUGCCGCGAGGUCGACGCCGCUUGUGUAUCUUCCCGGCUCUCAGUUCUCGCCGUACGCACCGCUGCUGGUGCUGUCGGGCCUGCGGCUCGUGCGGUCCGUUCUGGUUGUGUCCGGCGUUGCCCUCGUGACCGUGAUGACUGGUGGGCGGACGGUGGUGGUGGACGGCGCCGUGCUGGAGCUUGUCGGUGGCGGUGUCGCGCUGGACGCGGCUGUGCUCGGUGGCGACGUUGCGUUGUACGCGAGUGCGCGCGUGGUUGCGACAGGGGGCGCUGUGCUGCGCGUGUCGGGGAGCCCAGGUGUACGCCGCGCAUGGGUUGGUGU